AUGCGUUACAGCUCGCUUGUCUUGAGCCUCGUGCCACUGGCAUUUGCUGAUUGCGAAGGUCCAAGCAAUUCGACAGUUCCUUCACAAGCGCCUGCCAAUUUCACCUUUGACGAGCUAUACUCUUUGACGACCAAGUUUCUUGAUUCUUAUAUGUAUCCGAACAAUUCAAUACAGGCCCUUUCGAUCAACUCAACUCUCUUCAGUGAGGAUGUUAUCGGCCGCGUCGAUGCGACGAGGGAUUUCGUUGGCCGCGAGCUGAACACGGAGUAUAUCUUCGGCCUCUUUUCGGAGCUAGCUAUCAACCCAGAUGCAUUCAGUCUUCUGGGCACGCCGAUGAGCUACAAGAUCACACAUUUUGCCGCCAACCAGAACGUCGCAGUCAACUCAGCCGUGGUUCAAUUCUACUCGUCCUUGGUAAACAUAACCUACCCGGUUGAGAUUCUCUUCUGGGCGACGUAUAACUCUCUGGGUCAGAUCUCCCAGUAUGAUGCAACCUUCAAAUGGUUGCAGUGGAAUUUCGACACCAUCUCAGGCCUGCUCAUGAACAAACUCAACAUGACCUCGUCGGAGCAGUUCACCGCUUUCGCAACCUCGAUGAUGGCCAAGAGUAUCUGCACAACGGCCAUGAACAGUUGUAAUGGCACCAACACGCAGUAUGACAGCAUGGACCAGUGCGUCAGUUUCCUGACUAACGACGUGCCAUUCGGGAGCGCAUAUCAGCUAGGCUUCGAUACCCUCCUUUGCAGAAUGGCCCACCAGCCAAUGGUCCCGAUCAGGCCCUCGGUGCAUUGUUCCCACAUCGGGCCUUCUGGGGGUGACUAUUGCAAGGACGAGAGGACCUAUGGAGCCACUGUACAGGAGCCACUAUUCACAAAUCAGCCUUUUGUGCCCUAUGGAUAUGCGGACUCUGAUGCGAAUGUGGCAGCACAAUGA